AUGAACCUUAUUUCAUGUUGUAGGUGGGAAGAAGCCAAUCAUGAAGAUGGCGUCAAGUGGAAAUUUCUUGAACAUAAAGGCCCAUAUUUUGCUGUUCCGUAUGAACCACUUCCAGAGGACGUCCACUUCUGCUAUGAUGGAGAACCGAUGAAGCUUAGUUUGGCGGCUGAGGAAGUAGCCACUUUCUAUGGCAAAAUGCUGGAUCAUGAAUACACCACCAAAGAGGCAUUCCAGAAGAAUUUCUUUGGGGACUGGAGGGCGGAAAUGACAAAAGAGGAGAGGAAGAUCAUUAAGCAUUUGGAUAAGUGUGACUUCACGGAGAUCCACAAGUAUUUCUUCGAUCGGAACGAGGAAAGGAAAGCCUUGCCCAAGGCGGAGAAACAGAAAUUAAAGGAGGAGGCCAGUAAGCUUCAAGAGGAGUACGGUUACUGCAUACUGGACGGGCAUCGGGAAAAAAUUGGCAACUUUAAAACUGAACCACCAGGUCUGUUCCGUGGCCGCGGUGACCACCCAAAAAUGGGAAUGUUAAAAAUGAGAAUAAGGCCAGAAGACGUCAUUAUAAACUGCAGCAAAGACUCGACGAUUCCUGAGCCCCCUCCUGGCCACAAGUGGAAGGAAGUGCGCUUUGAUAACACCGUCACCUGGCUGGCGUCAUGGACUGAAAAUAUUCAAAGUGCCAUCAAGUACAUCAUGCUGAACCCAAGCUCAAAACUCAAGGGGGAGAAGGACUGGCAGAAAUAUGAGACCGCCCGGCGCCUGAAAGAUGUGGUAGGUCACAUCCGUUCCCAGUAUCGAAAGGAUUGGAAAUCCCGUGAGAUGAAAAAGAGACAGAUAGCCGUGGCACUGUAUUUCAUUGAUAAGUUGGCCUUGCGAGCGGGCAAUGAGAAGGAAGAGGGUGAGACGGCCGACACUGUGGGCUGCUGCUCCCUGCGGGUGGAACACAUUCAACUGUUUCCUGAGCUGGAUGGUCAGAAGCACGUGGUGGAGUUCGACUUCCUGGGGAAAGACUCCAUAAGAUACUACAACAAGGUGCCCGUGGAGAAAGAGGUGUUUAAGAAUCUCAAACGAUUCAUGGAGAAUAAGGAUCCGGACGAUGAUCUGUUUGACCGGCUCCCUACCUCCACACUAAACAAACAUCUCCAGGAUCUGAUGGACGGACUGACUGCCAAGGUGUUCCGAACCUAUAACGCCUCCAUUACCCUGCAGAACCAGCUGAAAGAACUGACCAAUGCGGAGGACAACGUAGCAGCCAAAAUCUUGUCCUACAACCGUGCCAACCGGGCUGUGGCUCUUCUCUGCAACCACCAGAGGGCUCUUCCAAAGACCUAUGAAAAAUCUAUGCAAAAUCUGCAGGCAAAGAUUGAUGCAAAGGAGGAGCAGCUGAAGGAAGCAAAGAAAGAGCUGAAGAAAGCUAAAGCUGAGCAUAAAAAAUAUAACACUGAAAAGACCAAGAAGGAGCUGGAGAAGAAGAAGAAGCAGAAGGAAAGGCUGGAGGAGCAACUGGAGAAACUGAAGCUUAUGGCCACCGACAAGGAGGAGAACAAGCAGAUCGCUCUGGGCACGUCCAAACUGAACUACCUGGAUCCCAGAAUCUCUGUGGCCUGGUGUAAGAAAUUUGGCGUACCCAUUGAGAAGAUCUACAACAAGACUCAGAGAGACAAGUUUGCUUGGGCUAUAGCCAUGACCAAUGAAGACUUUGAGUUCUAG